AUGGCAACGGCUCGUGAAGUCACGGCGAGCGGGGCGGCUGCCGCUAGCGCGGGGUGCUGGGAUGGGAGCGUGGGAGGCAGAGGCGCGUCCCCCCCGCUCCGGCCCGCGGCCCCCCGGAAUGAGCGGUGUCCCCGGCAGCGCCGACGCCUCCGCCUGACCCCCGUGCUGCCCGCCGUGCCCGUGUCACCCUGCCCGUGUCACAUGCUCGUCAAGGAGUACCGCAUCUGCAUGCCGCUCACCACCGAGGAGUACCGCGUGGGGCAGCUCUACACCAUCAGCAAGCACAGCCAUCAGGAGAGCGAGAAGGGCGAGGGCGUGGAGGUGGUGAAGAACGAGCCCCACGAGGACCCUGUCCACGGCCCCGGCCAGUUCACUGAGAAGCGUGUCCACCUCUCCAGCAAACUGCCAAGCUGGGCACGGGCCGUGACCCCCCGCAUCUUCUACAUCACUGAGAAGGCCUGGAACUACUACCCCUACACCAUCACAGAGUACACGUGCUCCUUCCUGCCCAAGUUCUCCAUCUACAUCGAGACCAAGUACGAGGACAACUGUGGGGACAGCGAGAAUAUCUUCCACAGUGACAAAAUCCUGGGUGACCACGAGGUCUCUUUCCUGGACAUCGCCUUCGACGAGAUCCCUGAGCGCUACUACCGCAGCCUGGAGGACCCCCGUUUCUUCAGCUCGGCCAAGACGGGCCGGGGGCCACUGCGGGAGGGCUGGCGCCAGCACACCAAGCCCAUCAUGUGCUCGUACAAACUGGUGAGCGUCAAGUUCGAGGUGUGGGGGCUGCAGACACGGGUGGAGCAGUUCGUGCACAAGGUGAUCCGGGACAUCCUGCUGAUUGGGCACCGGCAGGCUUUCGCCUGGGUGGACGAGUGGUGCGGGAUGACGAUGGAGGAGGUGCGGCGCUACGAGCAGGAGACGCAGGAGGCCACCAACGAGCUCAUCGGCCUGGUGGCACCGGCCAUCUCGGUCAGCGAGGUGGGGCAGCCCACGGCCACGCACUCGGCCCCUGCCAGCGCCCCCUCCACCCCCCUCAGCGACGAGGCCCCCGAGUUCCUGGCUCCCCCCAAGACUCGCCCACGGAAGAAGUCGGCUCCGGAGACCCUGACGCUGCCCGCGCUGCGGGAACGCGCUGGUGCCGAGUGA